UCCUUCUGCAGGGGAGAGGACAGAAAGAGAAAAUAAACGUCACACUGUGGGCUCUGAGGACUUACCCACACCACAACUACUGGCAUUGCAACACACCCUGAUUCCACCUACGCGGAGGAGUGCGAGCCAUGUCCUAACACGAUUGUGCCGCGAGGGUUGUCACUGACACAGUUGCAUCUAUAAUUCAGACUCCGAGCAGCUCAGAGCUUGAUUCUAACCUUAUAUGAGCUUUAUAUCUGCCAAGGAGAAACUCCUGACUUGCUCUAGCAACUAGAGCCCCUUCCUUCUAUCUCUUUUUCUCUGCUGCAGUGUUUGUCCCUGUGUGUCAACCUUGACACCAAGGCCAGUGAGAUGCUUUGCAGUUUGUUUGAGGUUCUCUCCUGCAGUCCAGAAGUGCAGUAACUGUGUGAAGGGGUUGUUUGUAAUGGUGUUGAAAUAGCUGCGCUCUGCCCUGUGAUAGGGCUGCAGCCUGCUCGCCCUCAAAACGAAGCGGUGCAAGAGGAAUAAGCACUAGCUGAGCAAAUCAUGCUGACCUGUGCGACUGAGGUGUUGCACUCCUACAAAAUUUCUCCAGACAGAAGCAGGGCUUGAAGUUCUCCCAGGCUGCUGAAGCCCAAGCUGCGCUUUGCGUGGUGUUACCUCGGGCAGGGUGGGGAGCAGGAACGCUCAGCAGAGCAGCCUGCUCCAGGCCUCCUGCUUGAGAGGUUAGAGGUGCCACCUUGGGUGACAACUCUUGCCUUAAACAUGUAGCACUCUGCAGCCCCCUCUUGCUUGAGUGACAAAAAUGCCAACUUACACCAGUUGCAUGGUUAACUCGGAGCGUCAAAGAUUGCUGUUACCUCCUGAGAGGUCUCCCCUAGCUACACACUCAGCCGGCCCAUGGUUAACGAACGCGUGCUUUGCUGCUUCCUCCGCAGCUCUUGCCUCCUGGCCGCAACGAGGCAGUGAUCCGGCUCUCACGAGCGCUUGGUGGGAGAGGCUGCCAGUGGCCUGGGGCAGUGCCCAGCUUGGGAAUCCUGCUUGUGAGGAAUUCUGCUCUGGGGGGUUUUCACUUGAAAAGUGCCACAGAAAUCCUAAGAAUAGGAAUUAACUGGCAAGGGAGGGGAAGGCGGACACUGCACUGAAGAACAAGUAUACUCAAACCCUGCUGUGCCUGACUAAGGCUAAGAAGAAAUCUUGGAUUUCUCACACGAUACUGGAGUGUCCAGAUACCAAGCUAGGCCUGCGCUGGGGAAGCCGAUACAUAUUCAUGAUAUUGCACCAUUUUUUUCCUUAAACUUCCUCAGUCCCAUUAUGUAAUGAGAAUACUGCAGAGAUUUAGUUUCACGGGAGCUGUAGCUGACUUGACUAUGGCAUCCGAAAAGACGACCACAAAAAAUGAUCCGCCAGAGGCUAAGGAACAGCAGCAAGCGAGUGCUGUUAACAGGGUAACCAGCUUGCCCUUGCUGAACUCUGCAUUCAGCCUGGUCUCAUCUGCCUACAACUACACCAAGGAGACGCACCCCUGCCUCAGCAGUGCCUGCAGCGUGGCCGAGACGGUGGCUGCUGUCGCCGUCGGCAGUGUGGUCGGCGGAGCACAGCCCAUUCUGAACCAGCUGGAGCCGCAAAUUGCACUCGUAAAUGAAUAUGCCUGUAAGGGACUGGAUCAACUGGAGAAGAACUUGCCUUUUCUUCAACAGCCAGCAGAUAAGGUCAUCUCGGACACCAAGCAGCUGGUUUCUGCCAAAGUGACAUCUGCUAUGGGUGCUGCCUGUGAGGCCAAAGAAGCAGUGGCUGAUAAAGUGACUGAAGCUGUGGACCUCACUAAGAAUGUUGUCGGGGACAGUGUUAAGCUGACCAGGUCAAUGGUCACCUCGACUGUCACCAGUGCUAUGGAGGCUGCUCAGGGUGCAAAGGACCUUGUGACUAACAGGGUGACUGAAGCAGUAGACCUCAGUAAGCACAUCAUGGAGGACAGCAUUGGACGGACCAGGUCAGCAGUUGCUUCUACUAUCGUCAGUGCUGCGGAGGUCGCUCAGGGUGCGAAGGACCUGGUGACUAACAAGGUGACUGAAGCAGUGGACCUCACUAAACACAUUGCGGAGGACAGCGUUGGACGAACAAAGUCAGCAGUUGCUUCUACUAUUACUGCCGCUGUAGGGGCUGCCCAGGGUGCGAAGCACCUCAUGACCAACACAGUGACGGAAGCAGUGGACCUAACCAAAGAGGCUGUUCAGGAUGGUGUUGAGAAGACUAAAUCAAUGGUCACUUCCACAGUCAGUACAGCUCUGGGUGCUGCAUAUGGCACCAUAACUAGCAAAAUGCAUACAGCCCUGGAGCACAGCAGAGAGGCUAUCCAGGAGAGUGUGGAGCUCACCAGCUCAGUGGUGACCAACAGCAUGAGCAAAGCCAAGACAGUGGGCCAAGCAGUGGCAGGUGGUGUGGAAUCUGUCCUGGGCACAUCAGAAGAUCUGGUGGAUCACUACCUCCCCAUGACGGAGGAGGAACUGGGUCAGCUUGCCACUGCUGUUGAGGGAUUUGAUAUGGCUUCUGUGGAGGAGCAGAAACAGCAGCAGAGUUACUUUGUGCGUCUGGGUUCCCUCUCUAACAAAGUCCGCCACCGAGCCUACCGGCACUCCCUGAACAAACUGCAGCGUGUCAAGCAAAGCACCCAGGAUGCUCUCUCCCACUUGCAGCUAGCAAUAAACCUGAUUGAAUGUGUGAAAGAUGAGGUUGGCCAGAAGCUUCUGGAUGGGCAGGAGAAACUCCAUCAGCUAUGGAUAGACUGGUGCCUGACCCAGCCCAAGGGACAUCAAAUUAAAACUGCCUCCCAAGCAGAGCAGGUAGAGUCACGGACUCUAGCUAUGCUGCAUAUCAUCACCCAGCAGCUCCAACUUGCUUAUGAGAACCUGAAAGGCAGCAUCCAGGGCCUCCCCAGCAACAUCCAAGAAACCGUACAGCAAGCCACUCAAAACAUCCAGAAGCUCCACAGUUCUUUCUCCAGUGCUAAGUCCUUCCAGGACCUCUCCAGCAGCACCUUGACUCAGAGCCAGGACUAUAUGAGGGAAGCCCAAAGGUCCCUAGAUGACCUGCUAGAAUACGUAACUCAGGGCAUCCCUCUAAACUGGCUUGUGGGCCCCUUCAGGGCGUUAGCCAAAGUAUCGCAAAACAGCAGAAAGAAGAAGAAAUGUUGUACGAUGACUGGUACGAAAUCACCUGCUUUGGAAAAGGAUACAUCACCAAAGGAGGUAGCUAAAGCACCCAAGGAACCAAAGGGGACAAACAGGAUCCUGGGGGAAGGGUCUGGAGCGCUAGAGAAGUUGGAGGAGAAGGCAGAGAAAUGCACAGAAGAGAUAACAAAAUCUGCAGAGGAGACAGUAACUAAUGCACCAAAGGAAGAUCUCUGAAAAAUCCCAGCUCUUCUAGCCAAGCCCCUUGGCUAGGACUUUUUUUUUUUUUUAAUCAUGUGCCCAGCUGCCAAUCUUACCAGGAGUGCCUCCUGCUCUGAUGCCCUGUCCCGGGCUUUGGAGGUAGCUGAGCUUACAGUAAGGUGUAGUUUGCAAGGAAGCUUGAUAACCAAGGUGGGUUGAUUCUGGCACGAAGGUUGCAUACCUUCUUUUAUAAAGCAUGCUGCAUUGAAAGGGAAGACGGGGACCUGCAUUUUGGCUUUUUUAAAAAGUCGGCACCGCUGUAUGUGUGAAUGGCUAAUUCUUGCUGAGAUGAGCUGUAGGAGAGAAGAAAUGCUCUUGAAACUUUUUAAGUUGGAUUUUUUUUAAUAAACUCAUCUAAACUGCAUCUUAAGAGGAUGAUGCACUUCACCUCUUUGAUACUGUUUCCCUCCUGCUACAAGUUUAAAACUGCACCUUACAGCCACCACUUCCCUCCCGACUGUGCCGCUCCCUGCGAGGCCGAGACCUGCAGCAGACCAGGAACCGCUGGGGUCAAGAGGGCCCUUCUCCAAGGGGACUUGGCUUUACAGAACAGCCAAGCACCUUCCUUUCACAGAAAAACACUUACAAGGUGGAGUUUUCUUUCAAGCAUGCCAGUUUUCAGUGGGGUUAUUUUCUUAAUCUGUAUAAAUGACUUUAAACACAAACAGACGGUCCUUAAGUAACCCUAUGCAUGAAACAUUUUGCAGCCAUUGAGAAGCUGGCUCACGAGGCAGCUUUUUCUGCAAGUUCUCUACCAUGGUUAUGGGAUAUCUUGUCAUUAAAAUAGGGGAGAUAGGCCCUGUUUUUUUCCCAGUAAACAAUGUUUUUGUAAUCAUUCUUAGCAUACCAUACCAGGACAUGGGUUACCUAAAUAAGUUAUCAGUGCUAACGCUGGAGAAAUGGGAAAAGGCAGAUUUCAAAAUAAAAUGUGAACUGCUUUCACGCAAA